AUGGGCCUCUCGUUACGCUCUGGGAUUACCGUCGGCCUGCUCCUCACCUUGGCUCAGGUGAUCGCCGUGACCUGCCAGGAAGACGCCAAGACAGACACCUGCACAGAAAAUGGAAACAUCUACGCCCACAAUGACAUGUGGAACCCAGAGCCGUGCCGGAUCUGUGUGUGCGUUACGGGGACCGCCGUGUGUGAGGACGUGGUUUGCGAGGACCUCGGCGCCUGUCAGAAAACAGUGACCCCCGAGGGCGAGUGUUGCCCUGUGUGCUUGACUGCAGCUCCGUCACUAGCCUCCGGUUCAGACCCCACAGCAGCUACAGAUGAGAAGGUAAAGGAAAGCUGCUCGGUCGAUGGGGAGGUCCACCAGCACAACAACAUCUGGAAACCGGAGCCUUGUCGCGUGUGCGUUUGUGACAAUGGUGUCGCCGUCUGCGACCAGGUGCAGUGUGAACUGCUGCCCGGCUGCGAGAAGGCGGUCACGCCUGACGGGGAGUGCUGCCCCGUGUGCGACAGCUUCGCAAGCGCCAGGAGGUCGAUAGAAAUGAUGAGCUUCAAGGUGGUGGGGCUCCCUGGACCUUCAGGACCCUCGGGUCCUCCAGGAGCUCAUGGAAACACUGGAAAAAUAGGUUUCAAAGGCAGACGGGGAUUGACGGGGCCUCAAGGAUUUGACGGAGAGCCCGGUGUGCCAGGAAAUCCAGGAGAGCCAGGACCCCCGGGCCACCCUUCACACCACGGGGGCAACCUGGUGACACAGAUGGCUGCAGGCUUCGGGGAGAAGUCCGGUCUGGCUGGGAUGGUGUCGGGAACCAGGGGUGAAUCAGGACCACGAGGACCUUCAGGGUUGCCUGGACAACAAGGUCCACCAGGGGCUCAGGGAUAUCCAGGGGAUGCCGGAGACCCGGGACCGAUGGGGGAACCGGGUCACCGAGGACCAGACGGGCCUCUUGGGAAAACUGGACCUGAUGGUGAGGCUGGAGCUGCAGGUGGUGCCGGAGAACCAGGAUUUCCAGGAUCUUUGGGUGCAAGAGGAUUCCCAGGACUUCCUGGUCAUCCAGGACUGAAAGGCCACAAGGGAACUAGCGGUCUUUCCGGGCCAAAAGGAGAGUCUGGAGCGCUCGGAACUAAGGGUAAAUCUGGUACUCCGGGUGUGAUGGGUGCUGCAGGCCCACUGGGACCGGCGGGCAUGCAGGGAGAAAGAGGCCGAUCCGGACCGACUGGUCCUCUGGGAAAACGUGGUGAAAGCGGCCAUGUUGGCAAACCCGGUCCUCUGGGUCCAAUAGGAAUCCCCGGAGUUAUAGGAUUUCCCGGUAACGCAGGAAUGAAGGGAGAAGCAGGACCAACAGGGGUCAGAGGAAGUCUAGGACAGCAGGGUCCCAGAGGGGACGGCGGUCACGUGGGACCAGUUGGGCCAUCAGGCCUGCAGGGUGCCUCAGGACCUGACGGAGCUCCAGGUGGGCGUGGAUCUGGAGGUCUCGCAGGUGUCCAGGGUCCAGCAGGGAUGUUGGGGCAACCCGGUCCCCCCGGCCCCCAGGGAACUACAGGAACAUCAGGACCGAAAGGCCAAUUGGGUGAGGCUGGACUGUUUGGAUUCAAAGGAGAUGCUGGAUUCAAAGGAGAAAGAGGCGACCAUGGUAUUCCAGGUCCAUUGGGCCCGAUGGGAGAGGACGGGAAACGUGGACUCCGAGGUGAUGCUGGAUCCUUAGGCCCUUCAGGAGCUCAAGGAGAGACAGGAGCUCCAGGAAAUAGAGGUUUCCCAGGUGGAGAUGGUUUACCAGGACAAAAGGGAGCCCUGGGUGAGAGAGGACUGUCGGGGUCGACCGGCGCCAAAGGUUUAUCUGGAGAUCUAGGACGUAAUGGAGAGUCAGGCCUAACAGGAGCUCGGGGUCUGACAGGACUUCUUGGCGCCCAGGGAUCAGAGGGAAAGCAAGGGCCGAUGGGCUCAGCCGGAGACGACGGCAAACAGGGCCCAGCUGGGUCGACGGGGGGCCGAGGGUCAGCGGGACCGAUGGGCCUGCCGGGACCGAAAGGCUUUGCUGGUGAUGCUGGGAAGAUUGGAGAGGCUGGCAGCUCCGGGUCUCCAGGUCAAAGGGGGGUGAAUGGAAAAGAUGGAGAGGAAGGCGCUGCCGGUCCAGCUGGUCCAGCUGGUCUUUCAGGAAAGAGGGGAGAGCAGGGACCACAGGGACUGCAUGGUUUCCAGGGUUUGCCAGGAUUACCAGGACCACCCGGAGAGUCAGGAAAACCAGGUGUUGAGGGUCUUGCUGGAGAAGCUGGUGUUAGUGGAGGAACCGGUCUCAGGGGAGAAAGAGGACCUCCAGGAGAGAGAGGGGGAAUCGGGUCCAAUGGGCUGCAGGGAUCUAAAGGUAGUCCAGGUGGACCAGGACCAGAUGGGCCAAAGGGUAGCAUCGGUCCUAAGGGUGCUGCUGGAGAGGGGGGAGGUCCAGGACUUCAGGGGAUGUCCGGAGAGAGAGGCAUAUCCGGACCUUCAGGCCCGAAGGGAGAUGCAGGCUCUGCUGGAGGGGGCGGACUGGAGGGGAACGCCGGAGCUGACGGUGCACGGGGGCUUCCAGGUGCUGUGGGACCUGCUGGUUCUAGUGGACCCAAUGGAGAGAGGGGUGAAACCGGCCCAUCAGGACCUGCAGGACGCCGAGGCACCAGAGGAAUCGCUGGUUCCACUGGUUCCACUGGUCCUGCUGGCGCUGUUGGCUUCCCUGGAUCUGCUGGUCCUGAUGGUCAACCUGGGGUAAAAGGUGACGCAGGUGAGGCAGGUCUGAAGGGAGAGGGAGGAGCUCCUGGACCACAGGGGAUGGCUGGGAAAUCAGGAGGACAGGGGCCUGUUGGUGUGACGGGACUGAAAGGUGGCAGAGGAACACUGGGGCCAACGGGCUCUACUGGUUUUCCUGGGCUGCCCGGAGGAGUUGGACCAGUUGGCUCUAAUGGUGCUGUUGGGGAAGACGGGCCAAUAGGAGCUCCAGGAAAGUCGGGAGCUGCUGGGGUCAUCGGGGAGAACGGAGCUCCAGGACAUCAAGGAGAGAGCGGCGCUUCAGGGGCACCGGGCAGCUCUGGAGAGAAGGGAGACUCCGGAGAGGACGGCCCUGGGGGGCCGGAUGGGCCUCUGGGACCUGCUGGCGCCGCAGGGCAGCGAGGCAUUGUGGGUCAGCCUGGACUGAGAGGGGAGGCGGGCUUGCUGGGACUGCCUGGUCCUGCUGGCCCACCUGGAAAAGCCGGAGCGUCUGGAGUUCAGGGCGGCACGGGGCCCGCUGGUGGAGUUGGUUCAUCAGGAGCCAAAGGUCCAAGAGGAGACGCCGGCCCUGAGGGUAUCGCUGGAGCAGAGGGCCCUCCUGGGAAAGACGGUCUCGUAGGGGCCAGGGGAGACCGGGGUAAUGCUGGUCCAGAGGGUCUGGCCGGCACUUCAGGGUCUCCAGGAAAUGAGGGUUCUGUGGGGAUGACGGGCGGUCCAGGACAAAGGGGCAAGAACGGUGCCACAGGAUCCUCUGGACCCCAAGGAGCAACUGGAGUACGGGGGAAAGUGGGCCCUCAAGGACCACAGGGAGAGAAAGGAGCAGCUGGAGAACAAGGAGAUCGGGGACAGAAAGGACACAGAGGGUUCACCGGGCUCCACGGUUUGCCAGGAACAACUGGCGCCACAGGCGAUGCUGGGGCAACAGGUAUUUUUGGACCAGCUGGGCCAAGGGGUCCUCCAGGAGUGGCCGGUCCUCCAGGAAAGGAAGGAAAUAUCGGUCAGCCCGGACCAAUGGGCGCUCCUGGAAGCAGAGGUUCCAGUGGGGACAUCGGGGCACAGGGUCCACCUGGUGAUGCAGGACCGUCCGGCGCUCCAGGCCCCCCUGGCCCUCCCACCGCGGGUCUGCAGGACCUCUUCGGUGCCGCUUACGAUUACGACGGGAACGCCCGCGCACCAGACAUCAAUCAAGAUGAAGCCCUCCCCAAUAAGAAGUCGGCCAUCCUGCGUGCAGACACCGGAGUCCAUGCCACGCUGAAGACCCUCAGUGGACAUCUGCAAAACCUCCGCAGUCCGGAUGGCAGCAAGGUGAACCCUGGGAAAACCUGCCAGGACAUCAAGCAGUGCUACCCCCAGAAGAAGAGCGGUGACUACUGGAUUGAUCCAAAUCAAGGAAGCAUAAGAGAUGCCAUCAAGGUCUUCUGCAAUAUGGAAAAUGGUGAAACCUGCAUCUCCGCCAACCCGGCCAACAUUCCCCGCAAAGCCUGGUGGACCAAAUCCAGUCCCAGCGCCAACAAACCCAUCUGGUUUGAAGCAGACAUGAACAGUGGAACCAAAUUCCACUACGGAAACAGUGAGGAGCAGCCCAACAUGGUGGCGGUUCAGAUGAAGCUGUUGCAGCUUCUGUCCAGAGAGUCGCACCAGAACAUCACGUACCACUGCAGGAACAGCGUGGCGUACAAAGACGAGAGGAACACCAACCUGAAGAAGGCUCUGGUGCUCCGAGGCUCCAAUGGCCAAGAGCUGAGAGCCCAAGGAAACGUGCGCCUCCGGUACACCGUCAUCGAGGACGGCUGCACGAAAUCAAACGGCGAGUGGGGCUCGACGGUUAUCGAGUUCAGGACUCAAACUUCUGCCCGGCUGCCCGUCGUGGACGUGGCCCCCAUGGACGUUGGGAAACCGGAUCAGGAGUUCGGCCUGGACAUCGGCCCUGUGUGCUUCUCAUAA